AUGGCCGACAUCCCCAAUGGAGGCCGGCUGCCCUCGAUUCUGCUCGCCCGGAAGCCGCGCUUCACCGACAGCCGGAACGAUACGACGGCCACAGCCAAAUCACAAGAUGGCUACACCAUGGCGGUCUCCUUCUGGAUGGAAAACCCGCCGGACUUGUCCCUCUUCUCCAUCCACUGUACCAAGCCCCCCCAUGAUUUGUCGCGAAACCUCAAUUUCUCAGUUACACCACUCGUGGUCGGCGCGGACGGCCCUUUCGUCCUCCUCCGCGCCUGUUUCUACGCCACCAGCAUGCACGAAUAUUUCCUGUACAAGGCCGGUUCUCCCCCGUCUCUCGAUCGGAUUAUUCUUUCUCCCGACGAGUUGGAUGAUCUGAGCGGGGUCAGGGAGUGGGGCAUCCUCGGCCACGGGGGCGACGGCCACUAUCUCCUGGCCGCUCUCCGUGACGCACCGUCGUCGGAGUCGGACGCCGGCCACCGUCUCCUGGCCGCUCUCCGUGACGGCUAUCAGCUUCGAAUCUAUUCGUCCAAGACAAAAUCAUGGAGCACUAGGACACUGCACAAUCCAUGUCCUGGGCUCGAUAGGGUUAUACCCGACAAGGUGAUCACGCUUGGACAAGAAGGCUUACUAGCCUGGGUUGAUUUGUCACACGGCCUUCUCGUCUGCGACUUGCUUCUUCUUCUUCUUCAACAUCAAGAUCCUGCUCCUGCUGGUGCUCCUGUAAGCUGCUUCAUCCCGUUGCCUGAGCCGUUGCCUGGAAACAGGUACAAGCUCAAUUAUCCUUUUGCCCACACCCACAAGAUAAACAAACGCCCUUCAUGGGACGAAGAAUCCCUCUCGCCAAGCUGGUUUAGGGAUCUCGCGUGUGUCAAUGGCGUGCUCAAGUUUGUUGAGAUGGAGAAUCAUCCCGCUCCUCAUCCUCAAAACACGGAGGACAAUAUUAUUUACGAUGCAGACUUGAUCAUGUCGAUCAAGUGCAAACCAUUCGAAAGCGAUGUCAGUAUGCAGCUCUCGUCCUUUAGGGAUGCCUGGAGGGCUGUGACAUGGACUCGGAAACUAGUUUGGCCGCUGCUGCCAUCAUCUAACUUUUGGCGCAAGACAUGUGCUGCUCAUGUUGCUGAUUUAAAGAUGGACACACCAUCGUUGGCGGCAUUCAGGGAACGCUACUCAGCUUUCCCCAUCCUCCGCCCGGAGGAUGGUGAUGAUAUUAUUUAUCUCAAAUCUAUGGUGGAACCCAGUGAUGGGGAUGGAUGGGUGGCUGCUAUUGACAUAGGAAACAAGGAACUCAAAGCAAUUGGGCAGUAUUAUCUUCCGGAUGAUUUUUAUUACCACCGUCGCUAUGACCCUGAACACCCUUUCCGUGCCUCUACAUUGUCCCGCCAUCUGGAUAUCAUUCCAGGCGUUGAAGUCUCGGCGUGUUGCAAGAUCCCAGAGGCUAGCAGCUCUGCAAAUCAUCCAAGCAACACCUCAAUCCGUGUCAGUGAGGCCAGUUCCUGCAAACCAAGGAGCAAAAUCCAAAGGCUAUCAGAAAUCUCUGAGGAACUCAAGCGUAUACGAGAUCAUCAGAAGAGUAUACAGAAUCAUCAUAUUUGCCAGGUUCAUCCUGUUAAAAACUAUCUGCCACAACAGCAAAAGUGGGGUGCGACCCCUGUGUAUCCAUUGUGUCCCCAGGACAACAAUCAGGUAUGUGCCGCCCCUGUGUAUCCAUCGCAACUCCAUGGAAACAGUCUGGUAUGUGUGCCCCCUGUGUAUCCAUCGCGGCUCCAUGAAAACAAUCUGGCAUCCCAGACAUGUUUGAACAACUACCAUGGGUAUCCACAACAACUUUCUGCCCAUAGCCCAUUUGCAUAUGGCGCAUACACAGGCUAUGGAAACUACCAAGAGCAGUGGCCUAGUGGUACAUCUUGA